ACUCUCUCGCAGGCAGCGGCGGCGGCGGCGGCGGCGGGGAAACGCGGGUUCCGGCCGAGCCAAACCGAGGGGAGCUCGCGGUCGCCACUUGCCGCCCUAAGCGCUCGCCCAAGUCCGGCUCGCUUGGCGAGGACUUCCGUCUUCUGGGCGACCCUUGUCAAGCAAGCUGGGAUCUAUGAGUGGAAAGGUGACCAAGCCCAAAGAGGAGAAAGAUGCUUCUAAGGUUCUGGAUGACGCCCCCCCUGGCACUCAGGAAUACAUUAUGUUACGACAAGAUUCCAUCCAAUCCGCGGAAUUAAAGAAAAAAGAGUCCCCCUUUCGUACUAAGUGUCACGAAAUCUUCUGCUGCCCGCUGAAGCAAGUACACCACAAAGAGAACACAGAGCCGGAAGAGCCUCAGCUGAAGGGUAUAGUUACCAAACUGUACAGCCGGCAAGGCUACCACUUACAGCUGCAGGCCGAUGGGACCAUUGAUGGCACCAAAGACGAGGACAGCACUUACACUCUGUUUAACCUCAUCCCUGUGGGUCUUCGAGUCGUGGCCAUUCAAGGAGUUCAAACCAAGCUGUAUUUGGCAAUGAACAGCGAGGGAUACUUGUACACCUCGGAACAUUUCACACCUGAGUGCAAAUUCAAAGAAUCGGUGUUUGAAAAUUAUUAUGUGACGUAUUCAUCAAUGAUAUACCGUCAGCAGCAGUCAGGCCGAGGGUGGUAUCUGGGUCUGAACAAAGAAGGAGAGAUCAUGAAAGGCAACCAUGUGAAGAAGAACAAGCCUGCAGCUCACUUUCUGCCCAAACCACUGAAAGUGGCCAUGUACAAGGAGCCGUCCCUCCACGACCUCACGGAAUUCUCCCGAUCUGGAAGUGGGACCCCCACCAAAAGCAGAAGUGUCUCCGGCGUGCUGAACGGAGGCAAAUCCAUGAGCCACAAUGAAUCAACGUAGCCAGUGAGGGCAAAACAAGGGCUCUGAAACAGAACCUUACCUCCAGGUGCUGUUGAAUUCUUCUAAGCAGUCCUUCACCCAAAAGUUCAAAUCUGUUUGUGAUGUUUACCAAACAAACCUGUAGAGUCCACUAUGGGAUUUGCUAUUAGCCCAUCAUAUCAUCCAUUCUUAAGCCCCCUAAUUUAGAUUGAGCUUGGGCCAAAGAAUACCAAGCAUUAAUGGUGAACUCAAUCCGGGAGAAGGACUGUCUAAUUUACUCAUGAUCUAUCUCACCUCUGCUUUGGGGGAUGACAAACCAAAAACAUUUCACAGCACUAAUGCUGAGACAAAUUUGCUGUCCAACCAAGAAAAUUUAACAGACCACAAUUGCUCUUCUAAAAAACAACAAAACAAAAUUAAAUGCUUACAUGUUUUGUAGGGCAAAGAAAAUUAUGUGAAUUGUGCUGUUUUCUUGUCUUCAUGUUUUCUAUCUACGCUUGAUUCAGAUGUAUUCUUUACUUUGGUAAAAGUGCAACGUAUGAUUUCUGAAAUUCAAUGGUUCUAUUGACUCUGUCACUUAAUCCAAAUCAACCAACUUCAGGGUUGAAUGGGAAUUGGCAUCUCAGGCUCAAGGUUAAUAGUGUUCAUGUGACUUUACCAAUUUUGUUGUUGUUGUUGUUUAGAUUUGUAGUGUUGUAGUCAAGUUCUUGUGCUGUACUUUGUGUGUAGAAACUGAGUUAUGUUGUUAACCCCAGUCAGGACAGAUAACUUUAAAAAAAACAAACAAAAAAAAAAACACCAUUAUCCUCAAGUUUAGAUUUUUUCUCUUCAAUUCCAUUUGUGUCUCAUGUUUAAAUGAUCGUUGUGGCUUCUUGUGUAAAGAACAGGACUUGUGGAAGUAUAAUGUUGUCUUUUGUGUUGUUCAAAUAAGAAAUGUCUUAUCUGUAUACGUAUGAGUCCUUCUGUCUUUGCAUUUGGCACGUGAAUAUUGUGUCCAAGGAGAUAUUAAGAUUGGUUACCCCUAAACAACAUAUACUUAUACUUGCUAUUGGAAAAGUGUUUAAGACUUAGCUAGGUUUCCAUUUAGAUCUUCCUAUCUGUUGCAUGGAAGAAAGUUGGAAUGUUGGCAUAGAGUUGCAUGAUAUGUAAGAUUUUGUGCAUUAAUACUUGUUAAAAUCUGUGUUCCAAAAGUGGACAUAGCAUGUGCAGGCAGUUUUCUGUCCUGUACAAAAAAAAGUACAAAAAAAAAGUUGUUUAAUAUUUGUUGUUGUAUACCCAAAUACGCACCGAAUAAACUCUUUAUAUUCAUUCAAAGAAAAA